AUGAAGAAUGUUACAUUUGAAGGAAAAAAUGAAUUCAACUGUUGUCGUUUGAUGCCACGGGCAAGAAGACGUAAUCAUUCUCGCUCCCGUUCUCGGUCCGAGUCUUAUGAUCGAGAUGUGAAACGAAGAAGAGUGGAUUCUCAAGAGAGUCCAUAUCACAAAAAUUCUUACAGCAGUGAGCGAGCGCAGCGCUCCCGGCAGCAUGAGCGCGGCACGAGCGCGGAGCGCCGCUACAAGCGCAGCCAUCGGCGGUCGCCCACGUCCACGCACCGCCGCCGCCACCACCACCGCCAUCACGGCCACGCGCACCGCCACCGCGACGGACCCGACCACAGCCGCCGCUCGUACUCGUCCAAUAAAAUCUUAGCCACUCUAGGUGAAGGCACCUUUGGAAAGGUCGUCAAAGUUAAAGACUUGCAUACAGAUGAAAUAAUGGCUUUAAAAAUAAUAAAAAAUGUUGAAAAAUACAGAGAGGCAGCUAAAUUGGAAAUUAAUGCCUUGGAGAAAAUAGCUGAAAAAGAUCCAGAGGGAAAACAUCUGUGCGUGAAGAUGUUGGACUGGUUUGACUACCAUGGCCAUAUGUGCAUUGCUUUUGAAAUGUUAGGCCUGAGUGUUUUUGACUUCCUAAAAGACAACAGUUACCAGCCAUAUCCCCUUGAUGCAGUGCGGCACAUUGCAUAUCAGCUGUGUUUCGCUGUCAAAUUCCUUCAUGACAACAAACUUACACAUACAGAUCUGAAGCCAGAGAAUAUUCUCUUUGUUGACUCAGAUUAUGAUAUCUCUUACAGCAGUAAGAAGAGAAGAGAUAUUAGACAUAUCAAGAGAACAGAUGUGAGAUUGAUUGAUUUUGGUAGUGCCACCUUUGACCAUGAACACCAUAGUACCAUUGUUUCCACCAGACAUUAUCGAGCACCAGAAGUUAUUUUGGAAUUGGGAUGGGCUCAACCUUGUGAUGUUUGGUCAAUUGGAUGUAUAAUUUUUGAGCUUUACCUGGGUAUAACUUUGUUUCAAACACAUGAUAACAGAGAGCAUUUGGCUAUGAUGGAGAGAAUACUUGGCCCCAUUCCUUACAGGAUGGCACGGAAAACAAAGACAAAAUAUUUUUAUCAUGGCAAAUUGGAUUGGGAUUCUAAUAGUACAGCAGGUCGCUAUGUGAGAGACUAUUGUAAACCUCUCAUGAGGUAUCUUAACACUAACGAGGAGGAUUACAGACAGCUUUUUGAUUUAAUACGCCGUAUGUUGGACUAUGAGCCAAGUUCGCGCAUAACACUUGCAGAAUCAUUGAGGCACCCAUUCUUUGACAAAAUUCCGCCCCACCAGAGACUUGGUGAUUUUCAUGCAAGCGGAGAUGAUAGCAGGGAAAGAAGUCAUUCAUUGUCGCGAUGAAAUGGUUAGUGUUAAGAAGAUUAUAUGAAAUUAAGGAUGAAGUAUCACAGAUGUAUUUGUGUUGUAUUUACUGUAAAUAAUUUUCUAUUCCCUACUACAGUGCUCUGAAGAAAUAAGUGUAAAAUGGACUAUGGACUAAUAUUAAACUUGCUAUUAAGGUUCCACUAUAUAUGUAUUGUUGUGAAAUGUUAAAUUGAUGAGAACAAUUGUAUUUGUAUAAAUUUCAAAGUUCAGCUAGAAUUUUAUGAAUACCAGUUAAUUUUAAUUUUUUGGUAUUGCCGAACUGUAUUUUAAAAUUUCUCUCUGUUCUUUAUGAUAUCAACUUCAGUUAAUUGUUCAAUGUUACUACCUCUGAAUGUUGUAAAAGAUCUAUUAAAAAAUUAAAUUGUCAUGUUUAAUAACCUCAGCUUUUCGUGUAGGACACUUGUUUAAUCUAAUAAAAGAAUCGGAUAGUGUUAAUUUUUUUUUUUGGUUUGGUUAUUUUUAAUUAUUUAUCUUAAGGAUAAGAGACUACAUCAUAAUAUUUAAAUGUAUUAUAAUUUAACAUGUUGGGCAAUUAUGCUGUAUUAUACCUGUGUAACAAAAUAAGAAAUUGAAUUUCAGAGGUGCACUUUAGUAAAUGGCUUAAUUUGAUUUUCAGCAGUGUGUAUGUAAUGAAGAAUUGUCAAGCGUCGCUGUGCUCCAAGUUGCUGUCCAUAGUGAAAAAUUUCUCUUGGAAGGCAUCUUACUCUCCUUGGUGCAUGGACAAAAAAAGUGUACAGUCACGAAGUUAAUAAAUAAGUUCUUAUAUGCGAUUUCUUGCUUUAGUUGUAGAACUUGGACUCGUGUAGUACACUAAUAAGACUUGUGCUAAAGGCCAAUUUUUCUCCAUUUCAAUGAAAAGAGAAAAUACAGAAAAGGACCCUGAUGUUUUGGGAAACAGUGUUUAAAUUUAAGUUGUGAUCAUGUGAUGAUUCAAACUAAAUCUUGGCAACCUGUACAUUGAAAAUCAUAUUUUUGCUUCAUUAUUUUGUGUAGUAAUUUAAAUCUCUUUGGUAUUUAAAGAGGGUUAACAUUUUUAUUCUUAAACAUGUUAAUUAAAUCACUCAAAUCACUUCUUUAUGUACAUAGUAUUAUGAUUUUCAUCCUUUAUGAAUGUACAUUUCAAGGAGGAUUUUCAUUAAACACUAUCAUUCAA